UUGUUUUCAUUCAUUACCAUCUCUCUCUCUCUCUCUCUCUCCCCCCACAAAAAUAACCGUAUAAACAACAUCUCCUUCUCAAAUCCCCUUAGUUCUUCUCUCCUUCUAUCUCUGCCAUACAUGGAAGCAUCACAUUUUUUACAAAGCGGGAGGAGCUUUGCUGCAACUCUGGCUCACUCAAGGCAUGCACAUGAACACAAUAAGCUAAGACACUGUUCGAUUGCUGCAGUGCUAACGCGGCCGGCGGAGAAUAUAAACAUAGCAACAGGCAAAAGCAGAACUAUAAUAAUACCAGCAGAUGUAGUAACUGGUGCAGAAGAAAAGAGCAGAAUCUAUAAUGAUAACUGGUUUGAUCGGAUGGCCAUUAAUCAUCUGUCUCAGAAUGUUCAAGCUGCAACAGGGUUGAAGAACAACAAGAGUGGCUUCGAAAGCUUGGUAGAGGCAGCUACAGCUGCAUCAAGAAAAUUUAAUCCAGCAAAACAGAGAGAACUAGUUAUUCAAGCUCUAGAUAGUGCCUUCCCAAAGCCUAUAUUUUCCCUGCUUAGAGCAAUACUUCCACAAUCGAAAUUUGCAAGGGAAUACUUUGCUAUCUUCACCACCAUCUUCUUUGCCUGGUUGGUGGGGCCCUGUGAGGUAAGGGAAUCGGAGCUCGAUGGAAGAAAAGAGAAAAAUGUAGUCUACAUAAAGAAAUGCAGGUUUUUAGAGGAAACCAGUUGUGUGGGGAUGUGCAUUAAUAUGUGUAAGAUGCCAUCUCAAAGCUUUAUCAAAUCUUCCCUUGGAACUCCAGUCAACAUGGUCCCAAAUUUUGAUGAUAUGAGCUGUGAGAUGAUAUUUGGUCAGGACCCUCCAGAGCUAUCCAAUGAUCCAGCACUCAAGCAACCAUGCUUCAAACUAUGCAAAGUAAACCAGAGGCACAACACUAAUGACUGCUCCAAAUAACACCAUGGGAUGCUUACCAAGGGGGAAAUAGGUGAUUUUGGAUGAAGUAUGCAAAAACUCAAGCUGCUAUAGAAUGUCAUCACAACAAAGCUCAAUGCUAAAUAUCUGGUUCUUGGACUUGAAACUUUGUGAUACAAAUUUGGACAACAGAUGAAACUUGCAGCUCCAACAAGCAACUGAAAGAUUAUGGUGUGUCAACUCAAGGAACUUGUUGAUCCUAGUUGAAACAAAUUUGUUUUAAAAAUGUGGUUCAUGAGGCAUGAGAGAAAAAAGAAUAAUAAUAAUAAUAAUAAUAAUGAUGAUGAUGAUGUACAUAUGACAAUUGACAAGGCAUUAUAAUUCAAAUCUUCUUUUUUUCCC